UGCAAUGGUCUGCUUUCUUUUGCACUGUGCUCAUUCGGUGUAUUUUAUUUUUAAUAUUUCCGCUGUAGCCUUUUAUAUACUCGCAUUGGCUUGUUUGUAUGACUAAUUAUCACGUUACUGUGCUUAAGAAGUUUCACUUACAACAUAGCACGUUAUUAUUAGCUGCUGGGUUUUGGGUUGCCAAUCGUGUUGGCUACGUACAUUUUUUUUUUCUAAAGUUAGGGGCUGCGGCUUCUGCAUUGAGCGCCAUCAGAGGGCUGGAAGAGGAAAAAGUUGAAACGUAAUUAACAGAGCCAGACAGCAUCCUGCUGGGAGCAGAGUUACUUGUGCGAACACGGCGGUCACGUUUUGUUUUUGAGAACUUUUCAUCACUGGGAUAUACAAAUCAACAGGGAUUACAAAAAAGCAACACUCUUCCCACACAACACGAUACGGAAUUGAGUUUCUGUACUUCAGUGUUACUGUUGGUUUGGAUAUCUUGUGCUCUUAAGAUUUGUGGAAGUGCAGAAACUAGAGGGAACUAAUGUUGGUGUUUGCUACUCCUGUUGUUUUUCAGUUAGAAAAUAUCUAUAUAUAAAUACGAACUUUGCCUACACGACCUAAAAGAAAAACUCAAGAUGGAUAAAUACGACGAUAUAGGGCUGGAGGCUAGUAAAUUUAUUGAGGAUCUCAAUAUGUAUGAAGCAUCCAGAGAUGGACUGUUCAGAACAAGAAGAGAGGCGGGCAACAAUGCUGACUUUGAAGAAACCAGAAAAGUUUUUGCCUCCAAAAUGACCAAAAUCCAUUUGCAAAAACAGCAAGAGGAAAUGGCAAACAAUAAUCUAGGCCCAGCCGUAGCCGCAUCUGGAAGGGUUAACAGAGGGGUUGUUGGUGGUCACAACAUGCUGAGCAGAGCUUCAGACAACGCGGUAUUAUAUACCAACAGGCCACCUAUCAAUAGUAACAUCAGACUGGCUGGUGAAGCCGCUGCCAAACCGCCAAUAUUGUCAGGACCCAUGUCUGGUAAUGCCAACGCAAACCAGCACCUUUAUGAUCUGCAGAAACUGAACAGAUACCCACAGCAAGAGGUCUCAGUCAGCAGGGGUCCCAUCAAUGGAAACAGUUAUGAGAUCAAGAAGGUUGGGGAACAUCCUUUGAAGCUACAAACAGGCCCAGGGUCCAGCUGGGGUGGGUCACACAAUCGGUUUCCCAGCCAAGAUGACCUGGCAGCUGCAAGCCCUGUCUUUACUGACCCGAACCCACAGUACCAACAGCAGCAAUACAGAGCCACUGCAUCCUUUGAGCAGAAGCCACUUGGUCAGAGGUCUGCUUCAUUUUCCAAUACUCUCUCCCCAUUGCUGCCAUCAUUCACUGCUCCAUCUUUUAACCAAACACAGGGACUGCCUCACCAGAGAUCUCUAUCUUUCUCUACCCCCUCCUCCACUGCAUCUUCCCAGAGCUAUCCUAUCCAAACAGAUGGACCCGCCCAACCAAGCUGGACAAGGACCACAGCUCCGGACAUGAGAAAUACAGGUAGCCCAGAAACUGAGCCUCCAGCCCCAGACAGUCCUGUUAAACCCAACACGGACUACAACUACCACUAUUGUCAGCAGCAGAAACCACACCAACCCAGCCAGCAACCUGCCAAUACAAGGUCCAGUCCUGGAGUAGCUUAUUCUGUUCCAGGUGACUCCAGAAGACCUGGAGGUGAGCUUUAUGACUUCAAACAAAAUGGGCAGCAGCUCCAGGGUCCAAGAUCCCCCACUUUUCCAUAUCGAGUAAUCCCUACCAGCCCAAACUGCCAGGUUUCCUCCAACAACCCCUCAGUGCGCUCCGAACAAGUUCCCCCUGCCACCACCGGCAAUGGAGGUGGCUUUGGCGAUGCAAGCAGUCUGCCACUUUUCACACAAUCCAGCUCCAGAAGCUAUACCCAGGGUCAGGCUCCGAGCAGCCAGCUGGCCACUGCUGUCCCGGUCAGCUCAGCUUUUGACAAUCCUCCUUCGCAGCCACCAAGCCAUUCCCAGCAGGGAUCUUCCUGUGACAUCUCCACUCAGGAAACCUCCAGCCCCCCCAGGGUGGUCAAACUGCCCUGUCCAACUCUCCUUAUACAGCCGGAGCAGGGGCCGUCUGCUGCCGAAAUAAAAUUAGAAGCUCUUACGAAGCGCUUGGAACAAGAGAUGGAUGCCCAGCCAAAGGCGGAUUACUUUGGGACCUGUGUGAAGUGUAACAAAGGAGUCUAUGGAGCGAAGCAGGCGUGCCAGGCCAUGGGGAAUCUGUACCACGACGUUUGCUUCACCUGCAGUGCCUGCAACAGGCGACUCCGGGGCCGAGCUUUCUAUUAUGUGUGUGGGAAGGUGUUCUGUGAGGAGGACUUCCUGUACUCUGGUUUCCAGCAGUCAGCGGACAAAUGUAAUGUUUGUGGGCACUUGAUAAUGGACAUGAUCCUUCAGGCCCUGGGGAAAUCCUAUCACCCGGGUUGUUUCCGCUGUGUGAUCUGUAACGAGGGGCUGGAUGGUGUGCCUUUCACUGUGGACACCGAGAACAAGAUCUACUGUGUCCGGGAUUACCACAAAUCAAGAGUCCUUGCACCAAAAUGUGCAGCCUGUGGCCAGCCAAUCCUGCCCUCGGAGGGCUCUGACGAAACUAUCCGUGUUGUGUCCAUGGAUAGAAACUAUCACGUGGAGUGUUACCACUGUGAGGACUGUAAGAUGGAGCUGAACGACGAGGAAGGACACCGCUGCUUCCCUCUGAAUGGGCAUCUGCUUUGCCACUCCUGUCACCUCAAGCACAUCGACAGCGAGACACCGCCUUCCUCAGUUUACCAGCAUCAGUUCUAGAUGUCAGCUCUCCAGCCAUUGGAUUCAGGCCACAUAAACCAGAAUGUUUUCCUACAUACCUCAAGACUGCACCGCUUUUUCCUUAGCUCAGUGUCUAAUCUGCCUUGACUGUAGAGCAGUGGUGGAGGGUGGAGAGAGGGGUGCACUUGCUAAGAUAGUUAACCCUUUACCGUAUAUUGAGUGGUUUACACAUCGGAUUAUUGCUGAAGGAUAGAUAGCAAGGAAGAUGCUAAUUUAUUUGUUUGAAUGAGAACAUCAGCUCUCAGCAAUAAAUUAUCAAAUGGUUUAUUGACACAUUUUAAAUAAGUUUUCUGUACCAUUUUUAAACUCAUAGUACAGUAUACCAUAGAGGUUUAAGAAACAGUAGUAAAUUCGGUGCUUUGAAUGAUAUGAAAUGAGAAGAUUAACUUGAUUAAGGUCAAUUGCAUUGCAGUGGCUUAUAAUAAUAAUUAUUGAUGAUUUUUUUGUUGUUGUUGUUUUUGUUUUGCUACACCUCAUAAAGGAACAGGCUUGGUCUAAGUGUUCCUCAUUGUAGACCUGUAAAGGCAUUGAUCUGGAUUCCAACCAUGCACAAGGCCCUUCAUCACUGUGAUCUUGCACGGCUGGCUGCUCCCAUCUCCAGCAGCAGAGCUGUGGAAGCAAAUGGCUAUCUCUGGUUCCUAUGGUGAUUUUCCUCAAACAAGACAGAACCCUGCCUUUUAGGAUAUGCAGCAAUAGUAUUUGCCUCUUGAGUUUUACAGAAGUUCAGUUUCAAACCCAAAUGUAAGAAUGAAUGUGACCAUGACCAUGAACUGAAGGAGUAUGGAGAGGUCUCCCCUGGUACUAUAGUUCAACUCCUCCCAAGGGAUACCCUUUGGUUUUGGAAAUGUUCUUAGACCAACUCUUGACUUUCACUUUUUCUAGUAAAUGCAUUUUACGUUUCCUUGUUUUUUUGGAAAGAAACUUUUAACAAAUAUAUUAUUCUUCAAACUUGGCGUGUAUUUUUACACAAAACUUUAGUAACUUUAAUCUCUGAGUGGUGAGUAAUUCGUUGGUUUAAGUAGGUAAGAAAAGAAACCUACAGUAAGCUUGGGCUUGGUCAACCACCAUUUAUAGGUUUGGUCUGUAGCUAAUCUCAUUCAUUUAUGAUUCCUAGUUGUCAUUGCAAAGAUGAUAAAUGAAAAAAAGGCUUGUGUGUUUUAUAUUUUUUUUAUUUUUCCCACUGCUUGGUGUUUUUUUUUGUUUUUGUUUUUUUUCCCCACAGCCCCCACUCUGAGUACUUUUUUGGAGAUUUUCAAAAAUAUAUUUUUUUUUUCAUUAUAAUAUCAUUAUUUAUUUCUUAUUACAAUUUAAGAAAAAAUAGUAGGCUAUUGUAAAAACUGACAUCUGCUCUCAGUUGUAUGAAUGAGAAAGACUAGUACUAAAAUGUUAAAUAAAUGUUGUUUUAUUCCAUAUUUCUGUGAUUUGUCCUAAACUGUCUUGUUUUCCUACUUUUUUUUUUUUGUUUCAAAACAGUAUUCUCCAUUUUGUGUGACUUUGUAGCGACAGCUGAGUGAUAUAUUUUGAAAAAUGUGAUUUAAAGUGAUUUCUGUGAAUGCCCAACACAUUUUAAAGAUGCAGUACACAAGGUUGCUGGCAUUUACUAAUAUAAAGACAUUUUGGUUGAUCUAACUUGAAUAAUAUAGGUCGAUGACAGGCAACUUGAACAGAAGAGCAGUCCCUGAACUCGGUCAAAACAUCUUAGUUAUCACAAAUAUCAGAAGAAAUGCAGUAUUGCAGUUAUACAGAAAUUAAAAUCUACAGUGAAAACCUUCCACAGUGUUUUACAUUGGAAUUUAACCAAUUCAUAAAUCAUGGGAGAUGCUUUAUCAGUGACAAUAUACAGUGUAACAAUAAAGCAAAAUGUUUCUGUGAUAUGAGGGAGCAAACAUUCCUUCUGAUGUUUGUCUGAAGUUUGCAAAGAUGUUAUCAAAAUAUAAACUGUAAUUGUAACGGCUACCGAAGCCUAUUCAUUUUGAAAUGUGUAUUUUGAAGUUAUGUUUUGGAACAAGUAGAACGCCAUCAGAUGUUGUAUUUGUUAGAUUUUUUUCCCCCAUUAUUAUUUGUGACUUCAUUGUAGAUGGUUUCAUUGAAAAUGUAAAGAAAUAAACACAACAGUCAUA